CUAAACCUGCUCUAACCUUUAUUGUGCGUUUGAUGUGCAGCGUUGGCCUGAAGAUCUCUUUGUGUGGAAACCAUCAGCUGAAGCAGAAAGACGUCUUCCUUCAACUCAACUCCAGAAUCAUCAUGUCGAGGUCAGGUGGAUACAGCAGCAGGUCCAUGGUCUCUGGCUCUAUGAGCAAUGCUCGAAUGUCCUCUGGCUGGUCCAUGUAUGGCGGCGGCGGCGGCGGCGGCGGCGGCGGCGGUGGUUCUUCAGGUGGUGGCUAUGGCUUCAGCUAUGGAGCAGGUGGUGGAGCAGGUGGAUUUGGUGGUGGUGGUGGUGGUGACAUGGACAUCUCCACCAACGAGAAGGCCACCAUGCAGAACCUGAACGACCGUCUGGCCACCUACCUGGAGAAAGUCCGCAAGCUGGAGGCGGCCAACGCUGAGCUGGAGCUGAAGAUCCGACAGUUCAUGGAGAGCAAGGUCUCACCAUCCUCCCGAGACUACAGCGCCUACUACGCCACCAUCGCAGAACUGCAGGAAAAGAUCCAGGCGGCAACCAAAAUCAACGGUGGCAUCUACCUGUCCAUCGACAACGCCAAGCUGGCCGCCGACGACUUCAGGCUCAAGUACGAGAACGAGCUGGCUAUGCGUCAGUCGGUGGAGGCUGAUAUCGCCGGGCUGAGGCGAGUCCUGGAUGAGCUGACGAUGUCCAGAACCGACCUGGAGAUGCAGAUCGAGGGCCUGAGGGAGGAGCUGAUCUUCCUCAAGAAGAACCACGAGGAGGAGCUGAUGUCUGCGCAAGCGUCGAUGAGCGGCCAGGUGAACGUGGAGGUGGACGCCGCUCCUCAGCAGGACCUCACCAGGGUCAUGGAGGAGAUUAGGGAGCACUACGAGGCCAAUGCCGCCAAGAACCGCAAAGAACUGGAGAUAUGGUUCCAGUCGAAGGUAGAAUCUCUGAACAAAGACAUCGCUGCCAGCACAGAUACCAUUCAGACGUCCAAGUCCGAGAUCACAGAUCUCAAACGAAUGCUGCAGAGUCUGGAGAUCGAGCUGCAGUCGCAGCUCAGCAUGAAAGCCGGGCUGGAGGGAACCUUGUCUGAGACGCAGAGCCGCUACUCGAUGCAGCUGGUUUGCUUCCAGAACCAGGUGACCAUGCUGGAGGGGCAGCUGGUGCAGCUGAAUGCCGACAUGGGGCGGCAGUCCCAGGAGUACCAGGUGCUGCUGGACAUCAAGACCAGACUGGAGAUGGAGAUCGCCGAGUACAGGAGGCUGCUGGACGGAGAGGGCGGCGGCAGCGGCUCCGGUUCCGGCUCCGGCUCCGGCUUCGGCUCUGGCUCCGGCUCCGGGUCAUCCUCCAGCACCAUGACCUCCACCACCGCCACCACAGUUGCCACUCCCCCAAAGAGCACCAUCAAGACCAGAACCAUCAUGGUCACAGAGGAGGUGGUGGAUGGGCAGGUGGUGAGCACCACAGAAACCGUUUGCGAGGACUAGAGGGCACCAACAGGGGGCGCUCACCAACAGGGGGCGCUCUCCCUGCUCCCACACAGACAUAAAGGUUUAAAGGUCUUCAUUAAAGUCUGUGAGGUGCUUCAAAAUAAA